AUGUCCAUUCGACCGUGGACUGUCAGUGAACAGGCGCAAUACUCUCCCAGUACUGUUGCCUUCCCUCCUCCUCCGCCUCGACCUAGGGAUGGGCAGUCUGCGGCCUCUCCAGUCCGACCUAGCAGUCUCGCAAUCCCGUCGCCAUUGACCAUUAAUGCUACUUCACGUCCUAUCUUUACGCAGACCCCGAUUUCCGCAACUUCGUUGCAUGGCCCAUUUUCUCCCACAUACGUGUCCUCGCCAGGCCCUAGCCCAAGGACGGUGUUGCCCAUGGCUGGAAGAGCGUCGGCGUCGUCGCACUACAAUGUUCCAUAUGAUCCUAGGGAAUGGGUCGAAGGCAGCCGGAGAUCGUCGAUGAUUAUGGACGCUCGACCUGCUGAAGGUCAGCCGGAGGAUCCAGAUGGCAUAUCAAGUCCUCCACCACCAUAUACAGCUCCGCCAGCACGAGACGCUGUUGCCACAAGUGCCAGCUCAACUGUUUCGCCUGCCGAUUCCACGUUUACCGGCGGGAAUCAAUCUCGGACACACACACCUGCCAGCACUGUGGGUGUCGUCUCUCCGUUCACCCAGCCGGCGUACUCCUUGGACGAUGGCGGCGGUGGUCAUUCGAAUAUUCCAAAGGUGACCCAACAUUCUAACAGUACGGCUCGAACCACCGGCAUUGAUAGUCGAAUCGCUCGAAUCAGCAUGGGACUGGACCAUGCGGACAUUCGGUCAUCACCUGCUUUUGUAGCUGCUAGACCAGCCUCGAUAGCGAGUCUUUCGAUCAACACCGCCGCUGCGCAGCAAACAUUCUUGCCUAGUGUACUGCAAGAUGGUGGAAAUGCUCCUGGAGCGUUCCCUCCGGCCUCGAGAAGGGCAGCGUCUGCUGAUGCAAGCUCCAGCCAUACCUCAAGCAGCAAAGGCUAUGGGAGCUCGACGUCAAGAUCUUCAUCCAAACAGCGUAGUUGGCAGCCGGGGAUGCCUCUACCUGGCCCACCUCCCGGUCCGCCACCACCAAACACGAGAUCGCUGAGCGCAAACGGGGUGCGAAUAAUGUCUCAGGGUCAAGUAUCAGGACCGAAUUCUCGAUUCCACCAUCGAGCACCAGUCCAUGCUCCAGUGCUGAGUCCUAUGCCGCCUACGCCAGCUAAUUGGACGGAGGAUUCGACUUCGCGGUCCAACUCCCGAGCUCCGAUGGCGUUGCAUAUCGAGACUUCCAACUUGGAUCGCAGUAGCAUAAAUGCAGCCGGGUUGAGUCGAAGCGCGGCUAUGCGAGUAUCUUCCGCUAGGGGUCUACUUGAGCGGCGAAAAAAUAGACGCAGCCUCUACGAGGGAUCUCAAGGUGGAUUCAGUGCGUUGACCAUCGAGACAGAUCCAUGGCUAGAUGGCAGAAGUCCUGGUGGCAUCAGUGCUGAUCAUUCCCCUACCCUCGACUCUCUUCUCUCAGGCCCAUCCACACCUGCGACAGACCGUAGAGGCUCCCGUGCAACCUCUCGAGCAGGCUCCCGUACAAGAACUAGCAGGCCUCUUACGCCUCUCUACCCCCCCAGAACUCUCCCAACACCUCCUCCAAGCCACAGAAAUCCUACGUCUGCUCAUAGCGCUCUCCCUUCCAAUGCAUCGUCGGUUUGCGAGGUUGUACCGGGUGACCCCGAAGAAUUCGUCAAAGAAGCUUCUCGUCGACACGAGGAGUUUCUCCUUCGCGAAAGCCAAGCAAAUACAGAUCUAGAGCGCUUGCAACUUUUUAUGGAUUUUGUCGUUGCAGAAUCACGGAUCCGGAGACAGCGGUAUCCUUCAGCAUUUGUGGAUGGUAAGUUCGACACGUCGACCCUCAACAAACGGAUGUUCCAGGAGGCGGCCGUUGAAGGAGUUCCUGUUGAGAAGGAACACGCUUUCGUCAGCGGUCAAAACCCGGAAGCAACGUGGUGGAAAGACUAUCGUCCCGCGCUUUCACCGAUAGCGAGCAUGAGCAAUGACGAAGUGAGCUCUCGGGGCCGAACUGCCAGUCGCUGGUGGCAAUCUCAGAGCGGAUCAGAAGUCGAAGGCGGGCCGAAAAAGAUGAAGAGAUCUAAGAGGGAGUCCAAGUAUAUGGGUUUACCUGCCCUCUCGGUUCAAGAGGUUCUCUCUGAAGCUGACACGCCUACUAAUUUCGACGAGCUGUACAGUAGCGAGGACGUGUAUCCAGCAGAAAAAGCCGACCCAGAAUCAUUCGGCAUUUAUGGAAGUGAUGUGAACGACGCGACAUUUGACAAAACCUCGGAAAAUGAGUCCGAGUACACCGCCAUGGACAUCUCCAGGUUCAUCACUCUUCCACCGCCGUACCCGAGGCAUCACCCAGCCGUCAAUAAUAGCCACCCUAGGCUGGUGGCAUACCGGAAAGCGGUCCGAAACCUGAGUGAUCUCAGUGAAAUACAGCGACGCCGGGGCCGGCAUGACCUCAGCGUCGAGGCACUACGAGCAGAACACCAACGGAAACUGUCAGAAGGGCGGCAAACAUUCAAGGCCAACAUUCAGCAGCAAAUCGAAGAAGGCAGCAUUACCUAUGCCGAUGCCGCAGAAGCCGAACGAGCCUUGCGGCUAGAGGAGCAUGCGGCUGAAAAGGCAUGUCUCCAGGCCGAGUUUGAUACCCUCCAGGAUGUGGUCAUCAACCCGAUGCAUGACAUGUUGAACGAGCGGGUGGGACAGCUUACCAACAACGUCAAUGACUUGGUGGAGAACCUGGUGGCGGAAAUGCACACUUCGAACUUGGAUCGAGCACAGCAAGAGGGAGACGCCACGCCCGAGAUUCUCGAGUAUCUGACGCAACUCAAGUGGUUGUUCGAGACUCGAGAAGCCAUCCAUAAAGAGAUUUUUGAUCUUCUGAGUAUGCGAAACGACAAAUACAAGGCAAUGGUGUUGCUGCCCUACCAUCAAGCAGGGAACUUGGAAAAGAUUCGAGACACCGAGGACUUUUUUACGCGAGACAGCCUUGCGCGGCGGAAAAGUUUUUGCGACGAGUCUCUUGAACGCUACCGGACAUUCGUCCAGCUAGUUGCGAAGAAUGUCGGGCAAGAGGUAGAAUUGCAGUCGUCUUCGUUCUGGGAUAUCGCGCCCAGUCUCCUCGACAUGGUCCAGAAAAUUCCGGACGACUUGUACCAUCUGGGACCGAUUGCCAUUCCGGAUUCCGAAUAUAUCGAGAACCCAACAUACCAUGAAUACCCCCAGCAGUAUCUGUACACGCUGCUUGACCACGCGGAGAAAUCGACGUACCAGUUCAUCGAAUCUCAAAUCAAUCUACACUGUUUGCUGCACGAGGUGAAUGGGGCGCUCAUAGGAGCCGAGUACCGAGCCGCAGAGGCGGCGAGGGCCUGUGAACAAGUUGUAGCUCAGCCUGUGACCAAGGCGGAUGAUGGGAGAUUGGCAAAGGCAGAACGAGAGGCAUCGGCGACGGCGGAGCUUAAGCAGCAAGUGAGUAUGAUUGAGGAACAGUGGCUGGAGGCAUUGGGGAGUGCGUUGCAAGGCAAGAAGAAACUGGUACACGUUUUCUUGGAGAGCAUUGGGGGAUGGGACGAGUCUAUGCAAGAGGAUGGAUAA